CUGGACUGGGAGGAAUUCCCCUUUUGGCGAUCUUCCUGCUGACGCGGCGGAGAAUUUUGCCAAGAAUCUUUAUCCGGAGCGCCUGGUACAGGAUCCGAUGGAGGAGAGGCUGCAGAGUCGCGCCGAAGGAGGGCAGAAUCUCAUCUCGAGCAAUCUUCUGGGCGGCAUCAUGCGCAUGAUGGGCCUGGACAGUGGAAAGCUGGGCGCUCUCGUGAUCAACGGACUGAUUUUCAUUGCCCAAAUGGUAAAGAAUGGCACAAAGUACUUAACGACAGUGGCAAAGGAUUGGAAGGUGACUUAUGAGAAGGGCGACAAGCAGAAGGAGGACAAAUUGACCACCACCGGAUUCACUGGAGUCUCGGUGUAUAUAAAGUCACAGAGUAGGAAAAAUCCUUUUCCUAUUGGCAAGAGUUUGGCCGCGCGGAUGUUCCCAGCAGCUUCACCUCUGACCGAUCCGCCCACUCAGCCGCCCAUGGGCAAUUACCAUCCCGCCGAGGACUCGCAAGCGUCAGAGUCGAUCAGACAGCACGAGUUUCGAUCGACAGACGAGCCGAAGGUUAGCGUCACGGAAGAGAGUACGCGAUCAGGUUCACCACUGGAUUGGAUCUUAACUAAUUCCUCACCACACUUGAACAGACUCAUGAUGGAUGCGCGCCACAGCAACCUGCCGCAGCGCCUGGUGGAGCUUGUGGCCGCUGGUCAGAGCGGCUGGACUGAGGGCGAGUGCAUCUUGCGGCUGCUGUGCAAGACCUCGCCCUUCGUGUGGGCGAUGCAGCGCGCGAUCGGGGACAGAAUCGACGGUCCGGCGGAGGACAAUCAGACGGAGAAUGAGGGCAUCUUGGACACCAUCAUGAAGCACCUGCCGGAUGGCAAGGAAGUGGAUCUGCACGGGGAUGCGUGCGAAGAGAGAUAUCCCAACUGCAGAGUUUACACCUGA